AUGGCUUUGACCGUCGCGGAGGGUGAGAUGCUCUCCGUCAUUGUAGAGGGGAUCCUUUACGGGUUCUCGCUCUUUAUGUACGGAGUAACCAUCUGGGUCCUCCUGCACCAUAGAAGGUCAGAUGGCUUGCCUUGGAUAAUACUCGUCGCAGCAACUUUACUCUUCGUGCUGAGCUCCAUCCGCAUUGGGGUAGACUCACAUCGAGUUUAUUUCGGGUUCCUCCUGUCCGGCGACCCAGAGCUGUACUUCAGCGAUACGACGAAAGAGACGUUCAAGAACGUCAUCUAUCUGCUCCAAACCCUUCUAGGAGAUGGCAUCUUGAUCUAUCGCUGUUAUAUCAUGUGGCAAGAUUACCGGGUCAUCAUCGCACCUUGUAUCCUAUGGUGCUCUGUCGCUGUGACAGGGAUACAUACCGUUUGGUCGGUCGCGCAACCGCUAACCAAUUCCUCCAAUGUGUUCGUCAGCGACGCGCACUGGAUACUGUCAUUCUAUGUGAUGACUUUAUGUACUAAUGCGGUAGCUACCGCCCUGCUGGCGUUCAAGAUAUGGAAGUUGAACUCGAUGGUUGCCCCAUAUCGCAACCGCUCCCAAAGCCUUAUCCCAAUUGCCAUGGUUCUCCUCGAAUGUGGUCUACUGUACACUUGCAGCGUUCUCAUCAUCAUCAUCACCUACGCUCUUCGCAGCAAUAGUCUCUACUUGAUGCUCAAUAUUACCGGCCAGAUUAUCCCAAUUACAUUCUACCUAAUCAUCAUCCGCGCAGGUCACGCCAGGAUAGCUUCGCAAGCGUCCGGAACGCUGUCAGCCCCAGUGACCACCUUUCGCGCCACGCCUGGGAGAAGCAGGCAAGAAGACGUCACUAUCGAUAGGGAUUCGUUCUCGAGCGUCGCAGAUAGGCUGGAUGCCAUUGAAGCGCAGGACAUGGCAUUACAGAAGAUAGAUUCGAUGGCCUUCCGCGGAUAG